UCUUACAUCUAUGGCUCCCCUUAAUUAAGCCUAAUAUAAUAUUAAUGAAAGACAACUUUCGUAUGCAAAUAUUUUCAGCAAAAAGCUCUCCAAUCCAUUUAAAUCAUAUUGUUAUGAAUUAUUUUACACAUGCUAUGAUUCACUAUGAGUUGCUUCUGUUCCUGAUUUUCAGACUUUGCAAUUGCUUAGACAAAAUAUCAAUACAAUACAAUCCCAUUAGAGACAUAGACAAGACAGUUUUAGUCUCUAGCGGAGAAACUUUUGCACUUGGAUUCUUCGGCAAACCAAAUUAUCGCUAUGUUGGAAUUUGGUAUCACAAAAUUCCAGGCCAAACAGUUGUCUGGGUUGCUAACAGAGAUAAUCCUAUAACCGAUUCCUCUGGUUUUCUCUCCAUUGAUACAACAAAUGGAAACCUUGUACUCUACCACAACAGCAAUAUUAAUCAAACAGAUGAGGUUGUCUGGUCCACAAAUGCUUCUUCUUCAGCGUGUUCACCAGCAAGUUGCUGUGUAGCUCAGCUAUUGGAUUCAAGCAACCUUGUUUUGCUCCAUAACAUCACAAAACAGGUUAUAUGGCAGAGUUUUGACUACCCAACAAACACAAUCCUUCCAAACAUGAAACUUGGGCUAGAUCGAAGAACUGGACUGAACCGGUUCCUGACAUCUUGGAAGUCUGAAGAUGAUCCAGGAAUAGGAAAUUACUCGUACAGUAUUGACCCAAGUGGGUCCCCUCAACUGAUCUUGUACAAAGGUCAGAUUCCAUGGUGGAGAGCUGGUCACUGGAAUGGCAUUAUAUGGAGUGGUCUGCCCGCCACGUCGGUUAAAUUCCCCUUCAAUGCGAGUUUUGUGAACGACAACAACGAGAUUAGUUAUAUGUGGAAUAUGCUGGAUUCCUCAAUCUUGUCCCGAAUUGUUGUAAAUGAGUCUGGAAUUGUUCAACUUUUUAUAUGGUACAAGGGAAGUCAGAGAGCAUGGAAUGAAAUGUGGUCAGCACCAGCAGAUCACUGUGACCCAUAUAGGCAUUGCGGUGCAUUUGGUCUUUGUGAUACUGGCAAUGCUGAACACUUUCAGUGCACUUGUUUGCCGGGAUACGAACCCAGAUUUCCUACUCAGUGGUAUAUGAGAGAUGCAAACCAUGGCUGUGCAAGGAAGCCAGGGUCAUUGAUUUGCAGGGGAGGUGAAGGGUUUGUGAACGUGGCAAAUGUGAAAGUUCCUGAUACGUCUAGAGUUGAAGUGAUUAGCAGUGGUUUGAGCUUGAAAGCAUGUGAGAAGGAGUGCUUGAGGAACUGCAAUUGCACGGCUUAUGCCAAAGCUAACAUUAGUGAAAAAGGCAGUGGAUGUAUACUUUGGCAUGGCAAUUUAAUUGAUACCAGAAAGCUCCCAGCUGAUGGUGGUCAAGAUUUAUACGUUCGUGUUGAUGAGCAUGAUUUAGCCAAAUAUACAAAGAGAUCUAAAGGUUUGCUUGCCACCAUAUUGGUAGUCUCUGGUGUCUCAAUUUUGUUCAGCAUCAUCUUUUUUGCAUAUUGGUUUCUAAAGAGGAAAAGAAAAGGACAACAUAAUUUGUUCCUCAAUGAUAACAUUGCUUCUGGAGAAUCCUCCAAGGAAAAGAAUCUUGGGAAGAGUAAAAGUCAUCUGGAUUUACCAUUUUUCGAUCUAAGAACCUUAAUUACUGCCACGGACAAUUUCUCUACUACAAAUAAGCUUGGACAGGGUGGAUUUGGUUCAGUCUAUAAGGGUCAACUAAUUAGUGGACAAGAUAUAGCUGUGAAAAGAUUAUCAAAAUAUUCGGGACAAGGAAUGGAAGAGUUUAAGAAUGAAGUCACAGUGAUAGCAAAGCUACAGCACAGAAAUCUAGUGAGCCUUUUGGGUUGUUGCAUCCAUAAGGAAGAGAAGAUGUUAAUAUAUGAAUACUUGCCAAACAAAAGCUUGGACUACUUCAUAUUUGAUGCAAGAAGAGGGUCAAAUUUGGACUGGACAAAGCGGUUCGAAAUUGUUAUUGGAAUUGCUCGAGGUAUCUUAUAUCUUCACCAAGAUUCCAGACUAAAAAUCAUCCACAGGGAUCUAAAAGCUAGCAAUGUUCUACUAGAUUCUACAAUGAAUCCAAAAAUUUCAGAUUUUGGAAUGGCUAGGAUGUUUAGUGAAGACCAAAUUCAAGCAAGAACAAAGAAAGUAGUCGGUACAUAUGGUUACAUGUCACCAGAGUAUGCAAUGCAAGGGCUAUAUUCAACUAAAUCAGAUGUAUUCAGCUUCGGUGUUUUGCUACUAUAAGUCUUAAAUG